UUUUUUUUUAUUUUUCUUGAAGUCAAACACUCUCCCCUUCCAAUGGGUACUAAAGAAGAUGGUUGGAUCAUUCAUUCUUCAUCUCCAGCUCCAGAAGACUUUAGAACUGGGGAACAGCAGUCAAUUGUACAUAACAUGGCCUUUUGCUACGAAAGAAAGCAAUUCCAUCCUCUUAUUCAAGGAAAAAAGCAACUGGUAAUUGCAAUUGCAAGGAAAAAUCUUUCCGUUUUCAAGUUGAAGAAAAGUGUCUACUUUUUGAUGCUCUGCUUGAGCUGAGAUGCAAGUUGGGGUUGAAAAUGUGGUUCGUACUAUGAGUGUUGUGUGAAGAAAUCUCGGGAAGGAGCAUGCGUGCAUGGUGGGAUCUCAAAAUAUAAAAAGGAUUAACAAAAACUUUUUUUUUAAUAUAGUGAAAUUCUCCAUAAUCAACGCUCUUGAGACACACUGACACAGUUCUCAUGCUCCUCUGCUUCAUCAACCCUUUUGCUCACUCCGUUCCCAUCAGCACCACCGUACAGAGGAAAGAGAGAGAGAGAGAGAGAGAGAGAGAGAGAGGGUUGAGUUUGACAGAGCAAAGCAGUUUGGUGCAUGGUCCAUUUCGCAUGAGAGGCAAACGUUUUAUCCAUGAUGACAGCAGUGUAAACCCAGAAAGGGAGCUGAGGGGGGAGUGACUGAUCGAUCCCGAGUGUUGUUCUGCCCGCGUUUUGCUCCGGCCAGCUUCAAGCGGAGAGAUGGCAAUGGGGGGAUACCCCGUCAAGGGUAGCAGCGGAGGAGGGCAGAGAGAGAGGGGCCGGGCGUAUGGGUUGAUGCUGCUGGUGGCAUUCGGGGCAGCGCUUCUGGGAGUGAUGGCCCUGCACAAGCUCAGAGAGAGACGCAUCCACAACCUCCACCUCGAGGACAAGGACCGGGAGCUCUUCUCCCUCCAUCUUCACUUACAGAAGGAGAGAGAUACCAACAAAGAAAUCAGGAAGAAGGCUGAAAAUAUGAGGGCAAAGGUAUACUUCCUCAGGACACAGAAGAUGGAGCUAGACAGCCGGGUUCUAGAGAUGCAAUCCACCAUCAGCUCGUUGAAAGAUGAGCAGAGGACAAUGGACUUAGUGCUUGAAGAAAAGCGAGACGAGAUCAAGUUGCUGCGCGAGGAGGAGAUGGAGACUGGCAAGACAGAUCUUCAAGGGACUUCUCUGAAGGAGAUCUUGAAUCAGAAGGAUAUUGAAAUUGCAGAUCUAAAACAUCAGCUCGAACGUCUGAAUGUGAGCAUGAGAGGAAGUGAAACACGGAAGGAACAAAUGAACAAACUUGAGAAGAGAGAAGAGAGAAGAGAGCAGGCAAAGGCAUGAAUCCUCUAAUAAUUCAACUGUCGCUAGAGGAGUCGAGGAAACUGAGAGAAAACUCGGUGUUCUGACGGUACAAUGAUGGUGGAGAAAGAGAAGUUGCAGGAUCAGGGGGAAUGUGACAGAAGAAGGUUCAGUGCAAGGAGAAGCUGCUCGAAAGGAUAACAGUUUCGAGGGCCCUGGGAUGAUUAGAGAUGGUUCUGCAGGUUCCCAGGAAGAGAAGAACUCUGUCGAACAAGGGACAAGGAAUGACUUAAAUGCAGUCUCUACAGAUGAUGGUGCUGCCAGGGAUGCAGUUGUUGAAGGAAAAGCUGAAUUGAAGAAACUCGAAGAGGGAGAGAAGUCAUAUCAGCCAGGGGAUAGCAGUGGUCAUUUGAGUUCAACAGUAAGAUAAUUCAACACAUGGUAUCAAAGCUCAAACUCAACCCAUAACAUAGUUAUGGCGGGAGAAGCAGCCAUUAUAUGCUCAUCACACUGUUCUUUCGCAGGAUGACAUAUAUGAGAGAUCACCUAGAAGAAAAUAUGGUCAUGUUAUGCUCCUAACUGGUCACAAUGCAGAGGCUAGGGAGGAGGAUGGACUGGAAGUCUUGAAACCUUACUGGAUCGUCGCUAAUAGCUAUGGGACGAAUUGGGGGAUUAAUAGUAAUACACAAGAGACCGUACAUACCACAUAACAUAUAGUCUUAUAGACUCUUAAUUGCAACUCCCAACAACAAGCAGAGAUGUAGAUACGACGCAUAUUUAUAAGUCAUAAUAUGCGUCAUUUCAAGCCAGGCCGAUCGAAUCACUUCCAAACCUUGACAGAUUGUAGUUCUACAAUUUAACGGCAUCAAACAACCUUCUAUGUGUCCAAUGGAUUGUCGAGAUCCUACCACACAAUCCUGUUUGGAGUCCUGGUCAACGGAUGAAAGGAAAAUGCAUAGCAAAACGUGCAGUUGGCCGAGUUGGUUUAAGACGCCAGAUUAAGGUUGUGGUCCGAAAGGGUGUGGGUUCAAAAUCCCACUCUCCACAGUCCUCUCCCAGUUUUUCCUUUUCUUCCCGAGCAUGCAAUUGACUCGAAGAGAAGAUUGCUUUGGAAGACAGCAACGCGUACCAAUAGCAAAGUUGUUAAAGGACUUGAUCCCCGGGAACUCGUGUAAUUGAACUAUUGAAAUUCUUCUGCAUCACAAAAAACAACUAGAAGUUACCCGAGGCAACUUUCGAAUUCAGUUCACUUAAAUAAUCCAUACAAAUAAGGAAGGACGAAGAACAAUAUUAUACGCCAGCAUUG